AUGGGAAGUAGAACCGAUCCACUCUACUAUCCUAUUACACUUCCAAAGCUGCGCCGUGGCGGGGCGGCUGGCCACGUGUUGGUGUGCCCCACCUGUACCAACACACUGCAUCCCAACAACGGUGUUACGUUACUCUUCCUUGGAAUAAUUGCCAGGGGCGUUAGUCAAGAGGUCGACACUUCACAUGGUGAGGGUAAGCAUGAUGUGAUAAAGGAAGCUGGCACUGAAACGUCGAGAAGGAAUGCCCCGCAAGACUCGCUGCACCGAAUACAGCAACGACCCUUCCGCCCUGUUGGUCGCAGCCAUAAAAGGUUCUCCACUGACAAAGCACUCUCCUCACCUCACCUCUCGUCGCGCCAAGAAAGAAUCCAGAAACAUUUUCGUCAGGCAGCUCAAAGAAGGUUUGCUUUGGGGCUAGUGGUCCCACGACGGAGAGGAGAUCCCUCUAAUGCGGGUAUUCCUUCACCGCUUCCCACGCGGCCACGAGAAACGACAUCGCGACGAGAAGGUGGACUUAGAUAUGCUCAGGAACGUGAGUCGUCUGGUAUUUCAAGGGACGCAGCUGAAAGCACAGGGGAGCACGUCACGAAGGCUCCCAGGUUACUAGUUACUAAGAUUCACGGGCCCAUCAAGGCAACGCAAGAUUCUUCCCUUUCUCGAAGGCAAGGGUUUCAGCCUGAGUCGGUAAUGAAUGACAAGGAUCAUGGGAGUCUGGAUCAAGGAGAGAUCCUAUCAGACGAAGAUGAGAAGCGAAACGAUGGCAAACAUGAGGCUCUGGCAAUAGAGCCCUCCCAGCAACCAGUCAAGGCGUCACAAGUCCCCGUCAGAAAGAGUGGUGGCGAGCAGGAGAAAACGUCCCUUCAAAAUAUUAACAUGCCGGCCGCUGGAGUUAGGGAAAGAGUUAGGCUGCAGGGAGGAAGACCGCGAUUUCGUCUUAGUGAUGACGAAUCGGGUGAGCAGGGAGAACGGAGAGGAAUCUCCCUUCCCUUACGCAGAAGACGGUUGAGAUUUCUUCGCCCUAACUUUAGAAUUCAGAGAAAAGGUUCGAGAUUGGUGGCUCGCCAGAAUCCUCCUGUCAAGUUCCAAGACCGUAGGCUGUCUGAGAUACAUCAACAGCCAUCGCUUCCAGAGGACUUGGAACAUAGUGUUGACAAGCCAGCGACACCACAUUCCCACUCCACUACAGGAGAGGAAUCAAUUGUCCACCAAGAACCGCACCACGUCCUAACACAGACACCAUCCACUUAUCUUCCAAGAAAAGCACAAGGUAGUGAUGACGUCACAACAUCUCAUGUAAAACACCAAGACGGUGACACACAGGGGGCUGCAGUUGGUCCGAAGGAAACUAAAGAAGUGGUCUUUGACUUGCCAGAAGAGGACAUUCAGAUGGAGUUGAGACAGCAGAGUCACACCCAAGCUCUGCAUAACGAGCGUGUUGAGUCAGAGGACCAUCACAUUCCAGCGGAAAGGCAGCAACACAGCGCAACAUCUGAGGGAGAACGGACAAUGACUCAUUCUAUCUCUGCAGACCAUUCAAAGAUCCAACAUGAAAGUGCUAAUCUUCCUGAGACCGUUGGUUCUCUGAUGGACGUUUCACCCAAAGUUUUAGCAACAACAUCCUCUUCCUCUAACCAAGACUCCUCAGUCCAUUCAGAGAUUCUUACCCCUGCCUCCUUCGAUGAGUCGUUUGAUGAACAUUCAACAGAUCAGCAGCAGUAUUUGCCAAAAGUCAAUAACCUUCAGCGACUGUCUGCUCGCCAACAAGAAAUAGCCAAACGCAGACUUUCCCAGGGCAACCAGAGCAGCAGUCCAGGCGUGCCUCGAGUGCAAACCUUCAUCAGACAUCGCUUUAGUCAGAACCAACAGAGAGCAUCUCAACCUCAAAGGCUGAAGCCAGUAAGGCAACCACAGACGGAAAAUUUUCCUGUUCUGCAAACUCCUCAGACAGUUGUAUCAAGUUUUCCUCGAAAUGAUUCCAGCCAAUCACAGACCCUCCGUGAGCCUGAAAUAGAGUCUCACUCAUCAGCUCGGCUUAACCAGGCUGAACGUUUGACACAGAAAACAAGAGACUCUAUCCUUCACUUCGCUCAACCGCGCCAUAGAUUUUCUGACCUCUCCUCGCAUGUUGAUGUAACGGGCACGCAAGAAGGGCCGCUACUUAAAUCUGUCACUCUUCGGAUCCACCGAACUGGCACCUUACCUCAAACUUCCAGUGAUUCUCCCGGGCAACAGGAAGGCCGGAGAAUACCGCUAAUACUGGACAACAGGAAGGGCCUGGAACAUCAAGAAGAGCUGCAGGAUAGACAUCUUCCUAUCGCUUUUGGCAUCCACAAUCAAAACGAAAACAUCCGUUCUUCUUUCCCUAUCGACCACUUCACUCCUAAUUCUGAAUACUUGUCGGAUGAUGUUCGAGAACGGCUGUCAGAAGGGAUGUUACGGUCCACAGAAAAUGAACAGCACCAUCACCAGCACGAUACCACGCAUACCAUCGCUGAACAACAGCAACACCGGCAGGCGCCUCUACAGUCCAGCGCACGCCAACAAAAGCAACACGCCUCUCUACAGUCUACUGCACACCAACCGCAGCAACACCACCAGCACGGCACUCUACAACCCACCGCACACCAACAACAGCAACGAGCUCCUCUGCAGUCCACCGCACACCAACAACAACAACACACUACUCUGCGUUCCACUACACACCAACAAGAACACCACCACCAUGCCACGCUGCAGCCCAUCGCACUCCAACAACAACAACAACAACGCGCUCCUCUACAGCCCACCACACACCAACAACAGCAACGCGCCCCUCUACAAUCCACCGCACACCAACAACAGCAACACGCCUAUCUACAGUCCACUACACACCAACAAGAACACCACCAGCACGGCAGUCUACAGUCCACCGCACACCAGCAACAACAACGCCCCUCUCUACAGUCCACCGCACACCAACAACAGCACCGCCCCUCUCUACAGUCCACCACACACCAACAACAGCAGCACUCCUCUCUGCAGUCCACCGCACACCAACAACAGCACCGCCCCUCUCUACAGUCCACCACACACCAACAACAGCAGCACUCCUCUCUGCAGUCCACCGCACACCAACAACAGCAGCACUCCUCUCUGCAGUCAACCUCACGUCAACAACAACAACGCCCCUCUCUACAGUCCACCGCACACCAACAACAGCAGCACUCCUCUCUACAGUCCACCGCACACCAACAACAACAACGCCCCUCUCUACAGUCCACCGCACGUCAACAACAGCAACGCCUCUCUCUACAGUCCACCGCACACCAACAACAACAACACUCUUCUCUACAGUCAACCGCACAACAACAACAACACGCAUCUUUACAACCCAACACAUACCAGCAACACUACCAGCGCGACAGCCAACACCACACCGCACAUCACCACCACCCUCACCACCAGCACAUCUCACUGCAGUCUAAUACACGUCAACACCAUCAUCACCAACACCACGCUCAACAGCAGCAGCAACACCAACAACAACAUCAGCACACAUCUCUCUCCCACACUCAUUUAGACGACCACCACUACAACACGCAGUUGACUUUAUCGCACGAGGAAGACCAGGUUGAUGACAAAGAGGAGCCACGCCUCGAUACCCACACGCCUAGACAGACUGAUCUACACACUGCUAACCCAACCCAAGGUGGCACUGGAGGUAACAAUUUCCUCCAAACUAAAGAUAAUACAGGAAUAACGAAAGAUGACAUUGGCUUUCUUGAGGGAGCAGCAGUGGCUUCACUUCUGAGCGGAGAGCACAUGGGACUCAAGCACGCUUCUCAUCAUCAUGACAACGUAAAACCUCUCACGAGGGACGACGGUGUCUUCAGAGCAACAAGUGUCGGCCGCCUCACCGCUAUUGGUCACACACAUGCUGAAGGAACUCAAAGGGAACACAGUGAACUACGUCAAAAGCAGCCAGAAUUUCCUCCCUUGCACAGUACCACAGAUGUCAGGGGUGUUAGAAUAAGUCAACCGUCACAUCUCCGACAAUCCGAUAUUGUGGAGAGUCAAGUGCCGUAUCUCCGACAAUCCAGCGUUACUGAGAACCAGUCGUCCCAUGUAAGGCAGUCCGGAGUGACAGAGAGCAAAAUUUCACAUUCAAGGCAGUCUAAUGUGGGAGACGGUCAAGCGACGGUUAUCGAAAAGGCUGAUGUAAUGGACAGCCAUGCACCGCAACUAAGACAGCCUGGAGUGACGCAUAGUCAAACAGAAAAUCUCCGACAAUCUGCUGUGAUGGACACUCAAGCCCCACAUCUAGAUCAGUCAGGAGUGACGCAGAAUAAAACACCGCAUCUUAGACAAUCUGGCAUGACAGAGAGCCAAACACUGCAUUUGCGAAAGUCUGAUGUGACAAAGAGUGAAACACCACAUCUCCGACAGUCUGGUGUAGCAGACUCAGACUCGUCAAAGAAAUUUGACGAUACAACUAUUUAUGGAUCCAGUAACCGCCAAAGUCACGCUGACGCCUAUCUUUCGCAUCUGAAAAAGCUGGAAUCUGAACUGGAACGCCAUGUCUCACACAUCAGAGAUGGAACUGCAAGUUUCAAGAAAGUGGAGGCACUAAGUGAAGGAGACAGCCGACCCAGAACUACAGGAGAGGACGUUUCCACUUUCAGACAAAGUGGGGUAGUAGCCAAAGGAGUUCAGACAUCACGGUCACAUACAAACGAUGAAAAGGUAAUUAUUUCGAAUUUCCGAGAUGGCACCUCUAGGCUGACAGGUUCAGGACAGUCUAGCGACGCAAGGAACGAAAUAAGGAUAAGAAACCAACUCAGUAGUACAACAGAGGCAAGAAAUGAAGAGGUGCAGGUCUUCCAGAGUGGACAAUCUGGACAGGUCGAUGCCUUCCAGGAAAAAACACAGGAAACCUCGGCACCAGCCUUACCUAUGUCAAGGAUCUGGAGGCAGCAAAAUAACUUGUUACCAAUUAAAGCUAGUAGUUCAUCAGGUGAUGAUGUUAAACCUCAAUUAAUACAACGUCAGAAUCCUGAAGCUUGGAAUUCACCAUCUCUCCGCCGUCCUUCUCAGACUACUGGUGAUGAUCGCGUUUUGCAGUCUUCUCGUAGUCAGAAAACAACCUUCCAGGAUAUUACUGCGGCUCCUCGAGCACAGACAACCUUUUUGACAUCACCUGCAGUGCAAACAGCUCCAAGGAGGGGGACAGCCAAUUUGGCACAAAGCAGACAUCAAUUUGAUACACUUGAAAGAUCACAGUCACCACUCCAUGUCUCUGUAUCUUCUCGGGAUGGGCGUCAGCGUCAAGUGCUACCGGCAUCUAGAAGGCUUACCAACUCACAUGGUCAACCAGCCUACACUUUCCAUCGCAGCCCUGACGAUGGUGCAUUCCAGGAAAACUUGUUCAGACAUGGAGAUUUUUAUAGCUCUCCAAGGCAACCUGGACGGUUAAGGGAACAACAACAAGUGCCUUUCGUUCACCAAGAAGAAAAGAGAGCGGAUGUUUCUAGCCGCUCUCGUGAAGGUAUAUCGAGAGGAUCUUUUACGGGAUUUUCACAGGCUGUGAGAAACGUGGCGCUAACUACAAACCCAGACCAGAGACACAGACAACAGCAUCAUGGCGGCAAAUCGUUUUGGGAUCCCGUGGACAGCUCCUACAAGCCCGUCACUCAAAGAGGCUCAAAGAAGUUCAUGGAUACACUGCGAAACAUGAACGAGGGCAUGGAGCAGGAAACACUAAUAAAGUCCCUUUCAGUCCUCUUAAGAGGAGAAGACUUUGCAGGCAGAUGGUCCAUCCAAGACACGUCUAACCAAGCGUCCCAGCGGCCUCAAGAUAUUCAAAUCCCCGAAACCGGGUUCACGUGCAAGGGCUUGGCUUCGGGAUAUUACGCGGACACUCACGACGACGCCAGAUGUAACAGUUUCCACUUCUGCGGUGUUGACGGCACCCACACAAGCUAUAUGUGUCCUACAGGCACAGCAUUCAGUCAACAGCUUCAGGUGUGCGAUCACGCCUUCAGGGUGAAAUGCAGAGCACCUCACCGCGGCGACAGCCAACCCCACGACCACCAACAAACCUCCCCUGACACCUCCAGAAAGCGGGACCGUUUCGGCAAGAGAGUCCCAUCCCAUAACCCUUACCACCUACGACAGCGUGCUUGAGAGAGAGAGAGAGAGAGAGAGAGAGAGAGAGAGAGAGAGAGAGAGAGAGAGAGAGAGAGAGAGAGAGAGAGAGAGAGAGAGAGAGAGAGAGAGAGAGAGAGAGAGAGAGAGAGAGAGAGAGAGAGAGAGAGACCAUAGAAGAAAAAAAUAAGAGAAAAAACAUAGAGGAUUCGUUUCUUCUCCCUCGGGGUUUAGCGAGACAAAUCCUACCAAGUGACAGACAAAGACAGACACACCGGAAGGGCACCUCGUCUCUUGCGUUUAUUCGAAGACCUUUCCAAAUAUCUCUAGGCCACCCACAUUUGUGCAAUAUCCUCUCUCCGUCUCUCAUAUAAACAUUCUACAUUUUUUCUUAUAUGCUGGGCGAGAAAAAGCCAGUCAGACGCUUAGUGCGAAGGAUUGCUCAAAUAUAAUGAUGGUGGAUAUUCAUAUGUGUUCUUUGAUUUCAAGUUCUCGUGUGUCAUUUUAGUCUUCUCAGUGCUUUACCGUUCCAAGCACUCAUUCACUCAUUGCUCAAUACCUCAGUUUUGUAAGGCAUUCCUCAGUAUCUCAUUAUUUUCAACACCAUUUAGGAUGCGUUAUUUAUCAGUUGCUUUAUGAGGUCACACACACACACACACACACACACACACACACACACACACACACACACACACACACACACACACAUACGAUGAAUGCCGUAAUGAAGAGCUGCUCGUCUUUGUUACGUCGUGUCUAUGAAACAAAGACACACCCGAUACGAUGUAAUUAUUCUGUAUCUGAAUGAAAUAUAUCGAUAAUUCAGUA